CACUCCAUUUCCAUUUCCCUACAUAAACCCUCUUAAGCUCAAAGACACCGACCCACAAACCCUCGAACGCAAUCUUGCCUUUUUGAGCCACAUCAAUGGCUCACACCAUUCCACCACCAUCUAAAAAACAGCCGCAUACAGUUUUGAGUUUAGCCGCAGCAAAAAAUCUUCUGGAUGGAUUUUCUGUGUUUGCUUCUCGUUCCAAGAGGAAGCUUCGUCGUUGGACUUCUUGUUAUGGCUCUCGAGAUCAUGAACCUGUUAUACAUCUCCAAAAUGACAUGACCAUGAUGAUGAUGAACAAUGGUAGUGUUUAUGAUCCGUACAAUGGCGAACCAAGCAUGCUGCUGAGUGGGGAUCAGAGACGAGGUCCGUUGUGGCAGAAGAACAUUCUCAUGGGAGGAAAAUGCCAGCUUCCAGAUUUCUCCGGCGUUAUCUUGUAUGAUUCGGAAGGACUUGUUGUUCCUCCGGCCAAGAACUCUCUUCCUCUUCUUACCUGGAAGUAAAAAAGAAAUAAGAUAGAUCCCUAA